AUGUGCCUCCAAACCACCGCGGGAGUCGCAACAACUGUCGCAACAACACCCCGCCGCCUCCUCUUCAUCGCCUCAAUAGGCAACCAAAAACCCUACCGAAACACCCGGCACAGCGCAGGCCACCUCCUCCUCGACAAUCUCACGCCCCUCCUCCGCACCCUGCCCACGCCCGCGCCCUUCUACACAACAUGGUACAGCCCGAGUUACAUGAACGAGAGCGGACCGAAGCUCGUCCGGCAGUUGCAGAGGUGGUUUGAGAAGGUUGAUCAUGCAGGCAGUGUCGGGGGGUGGAUUUCGACUUCUGGUGUUGCGGUGCCCAUAUCGACACCCUCAGCUGGCGCUGGCGCUGGCGCAGCUGUGCCUCCCGAUAUGCCAGCAACACUGGUCAUCCUCCACGACGAGCUGGAGUCGCCACUAGGCAAGAUCCGUGUGAGGCGGGGCGGGCCGGAGGCGUUUAGUUUGCGCGGGCAUCGGGGGUUGAUUAGUGUUUGUGAGAGUUUGAGGGGGAAGGGGAUGUAUCCGUCCAGUCCCCGGCAGGAGAAGGGCACCCCGAAGGGGCAGGGGAAGAAGCAGGCUGCGGUGCGAGAAUUGUCAAUUCUGCGCGUCGGCGUGGGCAUUGGGAGGCCUGAGAGUCGGGGGAAGAAUGCGGUGGCGGAUUAUGUUCUUACGGAGAUGGAUGAGAGGGAGUUAGAGGCGGUGCGUAGGGCGGCGGCGCCCGUGGCGGAUGUUAUUGGGGAGGAGUUUUUCUUUGAGGGGAAGGGGGAUGAGUGA